AACUUUUGGGAACGUUUGGGACUUGUGUGUGUGUGUGUGUGUGUGUGUGUGUGUGUGUCUCUGACACAUGCCUGACACCGAGGGAAGCAGCACUGCCCUGCUCUCUGGGGAGCAGGGACUCAUUCAGUAUUCCUGCUCCGUCCCUGUUCCGUCCUGCCAGCACAGCUUCGAUCUCGGACUCAGCGCACACACAUAUAUAUAUAUAGACAUAUGGAGACCAAGUUGUGCGUCUUUUGCGCAGCUCGAUGCCCUGGAAUGAAUACUAAAAUCCUUUAGAGCAACAGACAAGACGCAUCACCUCUACCUCCGUGGGACACAACAACAAGCCUCGGUCGGUCGGUCGGCACCAGACUCCAACAGGGAACUCCCCCGACGAGCCUCGCUUGUUCCUCCAUCUCCGCGCAGCGCACACUCGUCCCGCCUGCGCGAUCAUGACUUCGGGUCUGUCUCCCUAUCAAGCCCUCUACAUCGGGAUGGAGGUGGUGAUCGCCGUGUCCUCGGUCAUCGGCAACGUGAUGGUGGUCUGGGCUGUGCGCAUUAACAGGUCUCUGAGGGACACCACGUUUUGUUUCAUCGUCUCCCUGGCCUUGGCUGACAUUGCGGUCGGGGCUCUCGUCAUUCCGCUCGCCAUAACCAUCAGCAUCGGACUCAAGGCGCACGCCUACAGUUGCCUGCUGGGCACCUGCACAGUGCUCGUCCUCACGCAAAGUUCAAUCCUGGCGCUGCUGGCCAUCGCCAUCGACCGCUACCUGAGGGUCAAAAUACCCAUGAGCUACAAGCGGGUCGUAACCUCUCGGCGAGCCGGCACGGCCGUGUUGUUGUGUUGGCUGGUGUCCUUCAUAGUUGGCCUCACGCCUAUGUUCGGCUGGAAUAACCUGCAGCAUCUCCGUGACAACGGCUCCCUGACCGCUGACGACCCCUUGGUGACCUGCAAGUGGGAGACAGUCAUCAGCAUGGACUACAUGGUCUAUUUCAACUUCUUCGGCUGGGUGCUGCCCCCUCUGCUGCUCAUGCUGGCCAUCUAUGUUGAGAUUUUCUACAUGAUUCACAAGCAGCUCAACAAGAAGGUGACUGCAAGCCACAUAGACCCGAAACGAUACUUCGGCAAGGAGCUAAAGCUGGCCAAGUCGCUUGCCCUUGUCCUUUUCCUCUUCGCAGUCAGCUGGCUUCCUCUUCACAUCCUCAACUGCAUCACCCUCUUCUGCCCUACCUGUUACAAUCCAGAGUACCUCCUCUUCAUUGCCAUCAUCCUUACCCACGGCAACUCGGCCGUCAAUCCCAUCAUUUAUGCUUUCCGCAUCAAGAAAUUCCGCACAGCGUUCCAAAAAAUCUGGAAACAGUACUUCCUUUGUCAGGAUCCAGUUGGUCGGUUUCCUCAAAAAGGGAGCCAGAGAGGUUAUGAGAGUAGGAUGAAGCGGAUCGAUGAAGAUGAUGAGGAUUUGUGAGCUUUGCCAACAUAUUUUACUGCCGUGUAACUGUAAAGUUUCACUCUGAUGGUUACAGAAUGGAAAGGACUCUGACUUUAUGUCCACGCUUAAGGGAUUAACAUUCAAAGUGGCCUUAAUGGCGUCAAGGGAUGUCAGAGAGAUUGAACAAACGAGGGAAAUAAUCGGGGAAUGAUUGAUUUCUUCCAUCCAACAUGCUUCAAGAGGACAGAGUGAAAAAUCAGCAUUGAGAGUAGCUCAACAGACAAAAUCAGACUUUGAUUCAGAUAAGACUGACAGUGUUUCCCUGCUGACUGACUGAAAGAUGAUGAUGUUGUACGGGACAAAGGGCUUCUCAUCAGUUUCAACACAAGCCUGUUGAACUUGAAUCAGUAAGUGUACGGUAUAACUCUAGCACACAUGGUACAAUAGUAGCGUAUCUUGUACUGUAUAUCUUUAUCCAUACAAAAACUCAUGCCUAUAGUUCAUGUGAAUGAUCUUAAAUAGUUCAGCCUCUUAUGUGUGCUUCAUGUUUGCUGAUUUCUGUGGCCUUAAGGAAAGAAAAUGAAGACAAGAAGCUAAAGAACAAUUAAGCAUUGUGCUAAUGAUAGGAAUCUGGUAAACCGAUGGGCAAAACAUUUCUUUUGCACGUUUGCACAACCUGUGGGGUACUUUGAGUGGGACCAGGGUACAGGUAGUAUAUUGGCUGCAUUGAUUGAAAAAUAAAAAACAUUUAAUUGACUCAGUUGGUGUUAGAACCAGGAUAUUUGGUGCAAUGAUCCUCUGGUUUACCAGCUGCGUUAAUGGUCAAGUUAUGCAGUAACUUAUCAGUGUCAUUGUCUUUACACACGUUGACUGUGAUGCAUAAGCACAUGUGAACAUUUUUUUGGAAACGUUGUUGUCCAUCUGACCGACAGAAUGAAUAAUACUGGCUAAUAGUUGUAGCUCAAAAUAGCAUCUGUGGUUAAAUAAAACAAAUACUUGAUGUUCAUCUUGGUGUUUGUGGACAUGGACAAUGGUACAAACCAUGCAGCAGCCAAAAGUACCUUUAAACAUCAGUGCUGUUCAAUAGAAGACUGUGAAUGUACAGGAUGUUGUAGCUCCUCCAUCGAACAAGCUUUCAUGUACAUCUAUGGAAUAUCUGUCAGGCCCUUUCCUCUACUCACAGGUGAUUUCACAGUGAAUUUUUCAAACUUAGGGUUUACUAGUGCAGCUUCACUAAAUCCUCUGUCAUUUUUGUUACAGGUCUGACUUAAAGGGACUCGUUUUUCUUUUCAAAACGAUCUGCCACUGCUGAUAUUGUAUGUAUUUCACUAAUGUAUGUACAGUAUAAAUGUAUAAAAUUCACCUCACUGAGCAAACAGCU